AUGAAACACAUCGCGGACAACAAAGAUACUAAGGAGUGUCUGAAGGCAUGGGCCGGGACGCGGAAGCUCCUUGUGUGCACGCCGAUCCAACGGUCACUGGAAGGCCUUUUCCGAUCUCUCCUAUUCGGUGUAUUGGCAAAGAAGCCGGCGCUCAUUCCAAAAAUUAUACCAGAUGGUUGGGGGACGUCCCCGACAGCACCACGACAAUCUGAGUUCGAGACCUUUCUCAGACUCCUUGGGGUUCAUCUCGACGAGCUAUCAUGCAAGAUCAUCUUCUUCAUAGACGGGUUGGAUGAAUUCGAAGGUGACCACAUAGAUGUCUGCGAAACGCUCAAAGAACUAUCCCGAAGCCCUUCUAUGAAGAUAUGCGUCUCGAGCAGGCCGUGGAACGUCUUCGAAGACGCGCUCGGGGAAAAGUCGGACUCGAAGCUCUAUAUGCAUGAGCUUACCUACAACGACAUUCUUGACUAUAUUGCAAACCGUCUCCAAGCGCAUCCUAGGUGGAAGGUCCUUUUGGAAGAGGUCAAUUUCGUUUCAUCAAUGUCCCUCAUCGAGGAGGUUGCAUAUAAGUCCAACGGUGUCUUUCUUUGGGUCACGCUCGUAGUCCGGCUGCUACGAGAGGGCCUCACAAACGACGACAGCCUAUCAGAUCUACAGAGACGCUUGGAAACCUUUCCAGAGGAUCUUCAAGUGUUUUUCAGGCAUAUCAUAAAAAGUGUGGACCCAUUCUAUAAUGAGAAGAUGGCUGGUACGCUGUCGCUCGCUAUGCAAGCACGGGGACCUUUGCGCACAGAGAUCUUCUCCCUCCAUGAUUUCGAGUACGGCAACGAGAACUACGCAUUUAAGGACAUCGCAGAUACAAAACUCAUGCCCACAAAUCCCAAGGUUCUCGAGAAGAUCUACCGCUCAGUUUCACGACGUAUCAACGGACGUUGCAAAGGCCUUUUGGGGCGCAACGGCAACCGCAUGGAGUUUCUUCACCGAACCGUCUACGACUUUCUCCGCACUGGCGAAAUGGAUGAUUUCCUGAGAGAACACACGAAGAACAGCCAUUGUUUCAGUUUGUCGCUGGUCAAGGCAUUUGUGGCGUAG